AUGGAUGUUAGUUUGACUUGUUCGUUCAGUUCUCCUGAUUCUGCCUGUAGUUUGGAGGGCACGGGGUCGCAGGUUGUACCCCUGUUGGCGUGCAAGCUAGACAUCACUGCACAUCUACUAAGCCUGGGAGUCAGCUCAGGGCAACUGCGAACCGGAGACGAAAACGUUAAUGAGGUUGACCUGAUCCUGAAUAGAGCUGGAUACUUUGUUACAACCGAUAACGAGAAAAUGUCAAUGACAAUAUGCCCGAGACACAGAAAAAAACUAACUACAGACUGGGCUGGCAGAAAGAGCAACACAUGCUCGUAUCCAAGUCAUCGAGGACCGCGGAAAACUAUAAAGAAACCGCGCCGCGUAAACGCCACCUUGUCGGAAGAAAUUUAUCAAUUUCACCAAGCCACAGUUCCCAUUGGCUCGGGUAAGUACAAAUCGGGUGCAGCCAGACCGCAGCCUUAAUACUUAGAGUUGUAGUAUGGACUUCACUGGUAAAUACAAACGAAACCUUUAUUUCGAAGGUACUUAUUUUACUUUGUGCUUAUGGAUAUGGUUAGUACAUAAAUUUUAUUUCUUUAUCGGAAUAUGCUAAGGGAACGAAGCAAAACGUAAUCCGAUGCCAUUGCUUUUUGUAUUUGAAUGAGCUUUUCUCUUUUAGUCGACUCGUUUAAAUAUACAAAGGCAUUGCCUAAUUCUGUUGCAUUGUCUGAUAUCCUUCUGACUUUUUCGGAAAAGGGGAGGGAGAGGGGACGUUGGGGUAGUGUUUCGAGGUGGAUUGAAGUGGUAAUUUGCUAAUCAAGCACCCCGCCUGCAAGAUGACGCCAAAUGGGAGAGGACGGGGGAAGAGGAGAACUAGGAGGGGGAGUAGAGGGAAUGGGAAGUUGGGUGGGGCUGCAAGGGACGCCCAAACACUCCUUAUUUCACUCACCUUCCUUUCUUUAGCUGUUAAGAAAGCAAAUUACCGCACUUUAAUUUGGUCUUACGUGAGUGACACAAACUACAGUCAAUGGACAUAAGUAUUCGUCACUAUCAAAAAUAACGCGCGAAAUUCUUACCCGCGUUGUGCACACUACGCGGGGGAAAACUAGAUGCGGAGCGCGACAUCGGUCAAUAAAGGCGGGAAAAUUAUGUAAAAAUAAAAACAAACAAACAUCCGACUAAGAGCAAGAAAAAAAUUUCAAACUUCCCAAAAGGAAACGAACAAAAGCUGUUUGUGUUUUGACACAUCGUUCAGUCAUUUAUUCAACAGUAACUGCAACGGGUGGUCGCAAAAAAAGAUCACAGUUAUUUUGUUUUGCUUCUGAUAAACAAUAUUCAGCACUCGUGAGUCGACAAAGUGCUUAACUGUCUGCAGAGACAAAAGAAUUAAUUGUUACUUUGUCAGAAUCCGUGAAAAACAAAGCUGAACUGUCAAGACUGUUGAGCAUUCUAAGAACGACUAUCACAGGUGGAACAAAAGAUAAAUUUGAUGAUCUGGGGAUGUUUUUGAUAUGAUGGUGUUGGAAGUGUGACUUCAGUUGAAGGCAACAGCAACUCUGCCAAGUACAUUGACAUCCUAGAAAAUAAUGUAUGGCCAGUAGUUGUUUAGUACUUAGAAGACAAAGACUACAUGUUCAUGGAUGGCAAUACGCCAGUUCACAGCGGAGCACACAAUGUAAAUAAUUAUAAAGAUAAAGCAAAGUACCCUUAAUGGAAUGGCCAGCACAGUCUCCAGAUUUAAAUAUAAUAGAAAACAUUUGGCUUUACAUCAAGAGAGAGUUACAAAAGUCCACUGAAAAUAUCGCUACCAAGAAUGACCUUCUUCGUGAAACUGAGAGUGUGUAGCGGAAGAUCCAAUUAGAUUGAAUAUGAAAGCUUUACCAGCCCAUUCCUGAUCGCCUAGACAAUGUUAUCAAAAUGACGGGUCAUCUUACCAAAUACUAAGGUGAUUUUAAACUUAAAUUUACCGUAAACGAAGUUAAAACAGCGCGCGUAAACGCCGCCAUAUUGAAAGUGACGAAUAUAUAUGUCCCUUGACUGUAUAUUGAUGAUGGGUAUGAUAACGAUAACCAUAAAGACGAUGGUGACGGUAUAAAGGGUCAAUCACGUUGAUGGUGAUCGUGUUGGUUAUUGUUGUCAGUAUUGUUAAUCUAUUUAUCAUUAUCAUUUUUUAUGACAGCUGUGUGUUCCAGCUGCCGUGGAGCACACUACAAAUCCCGUAAGGCUCACGGUUUCAUGUCUGGAGAGCAGGUAAGCUAGUACACAUUGGCCAUUCACAGCUUAGUGUAACUAAGCAUAGUGUAACUGACCAUAUAAUCAGAGGAUGUUUUGAUACCGCCAACAGGUGCACUGAUAUCUAUAACAACUGACAACAUGAAUAACACGUACCUUUGUUGGUUUUCCUGUCUUUUCUUCAAUGGGUAGCCAUUUGGAAUCGUUAAGGUGUGGUCGAUUUCCAAGAGGCUUGGGACCUAGUUAUAAUGAUAGCCAUGUCUAGAGUUUUCAGAUCGCGCGUCGAGAACAAUUACUCGACUACAUCUGAAUGUUUUCUGAAUGACAAAUUGGUCUUGACCAGUGCUUGAAGAGACCAGCAACAACAAAGAUGCGAGGGCACCCUUUGGCAGCGGCUAGGAAACACAUAUAGAGUUUCCACAGUUACAUGUAUUGGAGAUCUUUGUGGAAUUGUUGACGAUCUUGUCCAUAAUUUGCUAAUCUAUUUUAUUACGCUUCAGGAUCCUUACUCAGACACCUUGGUGAUUGGAGACGAGAUCGAGGAGUCUGAUUCUGCCACUGUCUCUGUCAUUACUGUUUGUGAGGAGAGCACAUUGCCAGCCACGGUGUGUGCAGCGGUCUCAAGCACUGGUGAGGGGUUAGAAACAGUCUCUUUGCAGUCCCAUUCGUCCCAAGCCUCGAUACCAGACGAAGAGAUUAGUUUAUGGGUUGACGAGAUGGAGGAACAAAACAGCAAACGGCAGAAAUUAAACGAAGCUGUCCACAGCAUCUCAGGUGGCCGCUACAGCCCCGUAAUGUCCAGCCUGAACACGACCUGGGACGACGUCUCCGACACCCAGCAGCGAUAUUACAUCCGCAAAGCUAAGGAGACUAUAGUGACUUCAUUGUCUGUCAUCACUCCCGGUCAAGAGGAACUGGUUUUGAAGGCGUUACAAACGGAGGUACUUUUGGAUCCAAACAGAGACAACCAAGGAAAGCGCAAGCGUUUUGAUCCCAACUCUGGUCUUGUCGACAUUUUAGUCAAUGCCUAUGAGCAAGCAGGUCAUUGGCAAACAAAGCGACAGAUCCUUUCCCUCUUUGCAGACGACUUUUCAAGAGCUGAGCUUCAAGAGAUGAUCCCUGGGCUUUCCAAAUGGCGCAUCGACCAAGCUCGCCAACAUGCAACAGAAGCAGGGAAAGGCCAGCCUCUCCCUGAAAUUCCUAGUUUCCGUACAAGAAUUGAGCAUGAAAAGGUGGAUCAUUUCAUUGAAUAUAUCUCCAGACCAGAAUUUGUCCAAGACGUGGCGUUCGGGACAAAGACUCUCAAGCUUGACUCGGGGGAGAAAAUUGUCAUACCAGCAGUCAUUAGGACCGUCAUUCCUUCACGCAUCAUCAGACAAUAUUUAGACUAUUGUAAAGAACAAGAGUUCGAGCCGGCGAGCCAGCGUUCUCUCUACCGAAUGAUUGAAGUGUGUUCGGCCUCUAUGCAGAAAUCCCUUCAGGGACUUGACAACACCACUGCAGAGGGUACAGAGGCUUUUGAUCAACUCUUUUCUAUGUUGGAGGCCUUAGCAGAUCAGGGCAUCAACGUUACUGCCACUCAGAAAUUUCUAAAGGAUGCAAAAAGGUACUUAAAGAAUGAUUUCAAGACACACAUCGGACGAGGAGAACAUUGCAGUGAUCACUGCACGGUCCACGCACUAAGUGACAGUAGUGCAUGGGAGUUCAGGGGCGAAUGUGAUCAUGAACAUUGCUACGAAUGUGAGCGCUGUGAGAGUCUAGAAGGAGUACUGAAACAGGUGGCAGAGAUGCAAGACAAAGCGGACAUGACGGAAGAGGAGAGGGUUAGGUGGAGGUUUGAGUACACUGAGAGUGUGCGCAACAUACAAGCGUGGAAGAAUCACUUGCUACGGUCAAGUAACCAGGACGAAGCCAAGCAGGAUAUUCUCGAGAAGCUAGACGACAACUCGUGUCUUGUCGUAAUGGACUGGGCAAUGAAGUUUCUGCCUGUGCAAUACAGAGAACACAUGAGUGAUUUUUUUGGCAAGAGAGGAAGAAGCUGGCAUAUCAGUGCAGUAAUCACUAGAGCAACAGUGGAGAGCAAGCAUGAAGUCGAGUGUUUUGUACACAUUUUCAACAACUGCACCCAAAAU